AUGGUGUUUCUCUCCGGAAAUGCUUCCGACAGCUCCAACUGCACCCACCCGCCGGCACCGGUGAACAUUUCCAAGGCCAUCCUGCUCGGGGUGAUCUUGGGUGGCCUCAUCCUUUUCGGGGUGCUGGGGAACAUCCUAGUGAUCCUCUCCGUGGCCUGUCACCGGCAUCUGCACUCGGUCACUCACUACUACAUCGUCAACCUGGCGGUGGCCGAUCUCCUGCUCACGUCUACAGUGCUACCCUUCUCUGCCAUCUUCGAGGUCCUGGGCUACUGGGCCUUCGGCAGGGUCUUCUGCAACAUAUGGGCGGCCGUGGACGUGCUGUGCUGCACGGCCUCCAUCAUGGGCCUCUGCAUCAUCUCCAUCGACCGCUACAUCGGCGUGAGCUACCCGCUGCGCUACCCCACCAUCGUCACCCAGCGGAGGGGUCUCAUGGCUCUGCUCUGCGUCUGGGCGCUUUCCCUGGUCAUCUCCAUCGGGCCCGUGUUCGGCUGGAGGCAGCCGGCCCCCGAGGACGAAACCAUCUGUCAGAUCAACGAGGAGCCGGGCUACGUGCUCUUCUCGGCGCUGGGCUCCUUCUACGUGCCACUGGCCAUCAUCCUGGUCAUGUACUGCCGGGUCUACGUGGUGGCCAAGAGGGAGAGCCGGGGCCUCAAGUCCGGCCUCAAGACCGACAAGUCGGACUCGGAGCAAGUGACACUUCGCAUCCAUCGGAAAAACGUCCCCGCAGGAGGCAGCGGGGUGGCCAGCGCCAAGAACAAGACGCAUUUCUCGGUGAGGCUCCUCAAAUUUUCCCGGGAGAAGAAAGCCGCCAAAACCCUGGGCAUCGUGGUCGGCUGCUUCGUCCUCUGCUGGCUGCCCUUUUUCUUAGUGAUGCCCAUUGGGUCUUUCUUCCCUGAUUUCAAGCCCUCGGAAACAGUUUUUAAAAUAGUAUUUUGGCUCGGAUACCUAAACAGCUGCAUCAACCCCAUCAUCUACCCGUGCUCCAGUCAAGAGUUCAAAAAGGCCUUUCAGAAUGUCUUGAGAAUUCAGUGUCUCCGCAGAAAGCAGUCUUACAAACACGCCCUGGGCUAUACCCUGCACCCACCCAGCCAAGCCCUGGAGGGCCAGCACCGAGACACAGUGCGUAUCCCAGUGGGAUCAAGAGAGACCUUCUAUAAAAUCUCCAAGACAGAGGGCGUUUGUGAAUGGAAAUUUUUCUCUUCCUUGUCCCGUGGAUCUGCCAGGAUUACAGUGCCCAAAGACGAAUCAGCUUGUACCACGGCCCGGGUGAGAAGUAAAAGCUUUUUGCAGGUCUGCUGCUGUGUGGGGCCCUCAAGCCCCAGCCUUGGAGAGAACCAUCAAGUUCCAACCAUUAAGAUCCACACCAUCUCCCUCAGUGAAAAUGGGGACGAAGUCUAG